AUGAGCAAGUUGGGUGACACUAAUUCACCUUCACUUAAAACAUUUGAUGAUGAUUAUGGAGCUCAAGGAGAUGGUAAAACUGAUGAUACACAGGCAUUGAAGAAGGUUUGGGAAGUAGCAUGUUCAACCAAGGGAUCAAUUGUUGUGGUAGCUAAAAGGAAUUAUCUUGUUAAGCCAAUCACAUUCUCUGGCCCUUGCAAAUCCAACACUAUAACAUUUCAGAUCUCUGGAACCCUUCAAGCAUCAGAUAAUCCAUCUGAUUACAAUCAAGAUCCUACACACUGGCUUAUGUUUGAUAGUAUUCAAAAACUAACUCUUAAUGGUGGUGGAACCAUUGAUGGAAAUGGAAAUAUUUGGUGGCAAAAUUCAUGCAAAAAGAACGAAAAGCUUCCUUGCAAGGCAGCCCCUACGGCGCUGACUUUGUACAAGUGCAACAACUUGGUAGUUGAAGAUUUGACUAUAAAAAAUGGGCAACAAAUUCAUGUUCAAUUCCAAAAUUCUGCAAAUGUUAAAGUUUCUGGUCUCACUGUGACAUCUCCAGAGGACAGUCCAAACACCGAUGGAAUUCAUGUCACCAAUACUAAAAAUAUCCAAAUCUCAAACUCCAUUAUUGGAACUGGGGAUGAUUGUAUAUCAAUUGUAGAUGGAUCCAAAAAUCUACGAGCUACAGACAUAACUUGUGGACCAGGCCAUGGUAUCAGCAUUGGAAGCUUAGGGGAAGGGGGUGCCAAGGAAUUUGUUUCAGGAAUAACAGUUAAUGGAGCUAAAUUUUCUGGAACUACUAAUGGAGUAAGAAUCAAGACAUGGCAGGGAGGGUCAGGAAGUGCAAGCAACAUCAAAUUUCAGAAUAUUCAAAUGAACAAUGUGACCAACCCCAUAAUCAUAGAUCAAAACUACUGUGAUCAAGAGAGUCCAUGCAACCAACAGAAAUCCGCGGUUCAGAUAAGGAAUGUGUUGUACCAGAACAUAAAAGGCACAAGUGCUUCUGAUGUGGCUGUGCAAUUUAAUUGCAGCCAGAAGUUCCCAUGUCAGGGGAUAGUAUUGCAAAACAUAGAACUUGAACUUGAAGGUGGAGGAGAAUCUAAAGCUUCAUGCAACAAUGUAAAGUUGUCAUACAGAGGAAAUGUUAGCCCUCGCUGCAAUUACAUUGAGGAAAUGAAUGAACUUGGUGGCUUAAAAAGACUUAUAGAAUGAACUUAUUAAUAUAUAUCUAUAAUGAUAAUGAUAAGAAAUGAUUAUUUGCACUUUGUAUAUGUUGCUUAGCUAAUAAGGCUGAUUGAUUUGUAACAUAUAAUGUUAUUUCUUGUGUAUAUUGUGAUAGGUGACAUCGUUUGUAUCAUAAAUAAAAUGUCGUACUUGUAUU